UAUAUCCAAGGGGAGAGAAGCAUCUGGUGGUGCUGGUUCUGAGCAUAAGGAGCUUUGAGACUGGCUGAUUUCUCAGGAGCAGGAGUCAACAUUUCAACAGCUGAUGGACUUAGAGCUCCUGAAGAGGCUGCGCCAGGUCAACCAGGACCUUCUACAAAGGCUGAAAAUGAAGCAGGAAGAGAUCAGAAAGAGACUUCCCAGCAAGCAACUCCUUCCAGCAUCUCUUCAUAGCAGUACAGCUGCUGACAGAUGUGUCCCCUUGCCCAGGAGAGUGAAGGAAAAUCAGGUUGAUGCAGUAAAGUCUGCAGCUGAUCCUGGAAUAAUGGUGAUUGUGGAACCUAGACCUGGCCCCAGUUCAUCUCUUAAUCACACCAGCAGUGACAGAGGGCUACAGCAACAACAAACAAGGACACAGGAAGGAGCAGGUUUCGAUUCCAGCUUUCCUGGGAAAGAGAAGAAUGUUACACCAGUGCCUACAAUUGUUAUGUGUGGCAGAGAAAUCUCCAGAGUAGAGGGGGAUGGCCAUGCUCAAGGAAGACCAGAGAAAGAAUCCUCUUUCCUGGGACCUGGAGAGAACAGAGAACAGUCUGCUCUGCCACAUGGUUCCCAAGAGAAAACUCAUCCAGGGCCGUCACUGAGCAGAAAGCAAAAUAAAGAGAGCAGUGAGCAGCACGUGGUCAUCAGAGGGCCCCAUGUCCCUACAUCAGUCCUGCUGACAUCUCAGUCCAAAGAGUUGAAGAAGGAAGCUUCUCAUGUGACUUCACAGCCUGACCCUGAAGAAGAUGCCAUAAGUGUCAGCAGCUGCUCUUCCCAUCCUUUCCUGGGCUAUGAUUGGAUUGCAGGGCUCCUUGAUAUAAAGUCUUCAGUCACAGAAGAAUCUGAGCAAUACUUCACUGAGCUGCAGGAGUUCAGACAGUCCAACAGAGAAAGCUGUGUUCAUCAGCAGGACCUGGAGCCCAAGGCUCUGGAUUGCACAGGUCCUGAACAGGAACUGGAUUUGAUAACUGGUUCUCAUAAGUGUGUUUACUGUUACCGGUUAAACCAGCGCCUCUUCACCAUCCCUGUGGAUUCAGAAUCUGCCUGCCAUGUGUGUAAGAUGCCACGUACCCACCAGCCCUCAGGGACACUGGAAGAGCCAACACAUGUCAGGGUCAGCAUUCCCAGCUCUGCCCUUUUGCCAGCCUACAAGUACAAAGCCCAUCGCAGGAGGAGCUUUGAGCCGGCCGAUGAUCUAGCGCUGCCUUCGCAUUGCUUGGCUGGCUGGGAGAAUAUGGUCCCUUCCAGCAGCACCCUGCUCAGCAGUUUGGAUCUACGAGCCUCACUGGAAGAGAAGCCUUCUCCCUGUCCUGUGGUUCCUGUCCAGGGUGUCAGGAGAAGCCAGAACUGACCAGUUUCUACACCUGCCUCACUUGGCACACCUGAGGUUUAGCAGAGCAAACCAGGACCAAAGACAGCAGCUCUCAGUUCCCUCAACACUCUGGACCACUGAUUGCCUUGGGAAAGGGCUGGGCACAGCACAUGGAAACAACUGAGAAACAAAGAUAUUUGGAUAAAAAUAAACCUCUGGACUGAUUUUCCCCAGUUUUCAUAGUCAUGCAGUGAGCAGCCAAUAUACAGAUCUGAGUUUGUACAGUCCACUGUGUUCACUUUGCAUUUUUUGCCUUUUACAGCUACUUCUGAGCAGCUGCCUGAGGCUGGAUAAAGUCAUGUCCAGGAUCAGUAGUGCAUCUCCCACCUCAACUGAGUAACCAGCAGUGUAGCAUUAACUCUGAAUUAAUGGUGAGGAAUUGGCCUGUGAAGGGCCUGGCUCAGUGCAGGGACACAAAUACGUUUAUUUCCAAAUAUUUGAAACAUGACACACAAUUUUCUAGUGCCUUAAACUUGAGUUCUUCAAUAAUUUGUAAAAAUUUUUAAAGUCCAGUUUAUUCUCAGUGCAAUGUGUGUAGCUACAGUGUGUUACUUCAGAGUAACUUGGAAUGUGAAAAAACACCUUAAAGUAAAAUGAGAUUUUAUUCAUCAAUGAGCUGGAUAAUACCUUAAAAUCUUUGCAAAUUUUGCUUGCCUCUACUUUUCCAAGUUUUGUGGGGAUAAACCUAAAAAGCAUUUUCUAAUUUUUAAAUUGUACCAAACCAAACUACUUCACAUAGAAUGUGAUUUGUUUAACUUCAUGGACCAAUCUUAUUUUUCUUGUCUGGAAACAAUAAAACUGAUAUUUUGUUUUACUUUGAA